ACGCAAUACCAGCGAACGAGGGCGUCAUCAUGAGGUCACUGCAGGAGAAGGGGAAAGGGGCGGGAGGGCGCUCCCUUGAGGAGAGGAGCCCUUUCACCCGGCCCUCGAAGCGCCACCUUCUCUCUCUCUUCACCGGAGUUUCUCUAGAGCCUCGUCCCUCGGAUAAGACCUCUUCCAGCUGCCACCACAGAAAGCUCUGUUUUCAAUCCGGGGUUUUGAAGUUUAAGCUCUGGUCACUAUGAGAAUCUCUGGAAGCCCUGCCCCCAGUUUUAAGUUUCAUCCAAUAAAGAACCUAAAGGAGGGGCCGGCAGGCGGUUCAGUGACGCAAUGCAGAUUGAUUGGCAUUCAGGCCAUCGACGUCCUGGAUUAGCCCCGAGUUUCGCCAAUCCAAAGCUGGUAGGCUUGUUGCUCAUUGGAGUGGCUGCAUGGGCUAAGGGCCUGGGUCUGGUGUCCAGCAUCCACAUCAUCGGAGGAGUCAUUGCUGUGGGAGUCUUCCUUCUUCUCAUCGCGGUGGCUGGACUGGUGGGUUCUGUCAACCACCACCAAGUACUGCUGUUCUUUUACAUGAUCAUCCUUGGUUUGGUCUUCGUCUUCCAGUUUGGAAUCUCUUGCUCAUGUCUGGCUAUUAACCUAAGCAAACAGACAGAUGUCAUCAAUGCUUCCUGGUGGGUCAUGAGCAACAAGACCCGGGAUGAACUGGAAAGAAGUUUUGAUUGCUGUGGCUUGUUCAACCUCACAACCCUGGACCAACAAGAUUAUGCUUUCUGCACUGCAAUCUGCAAGAGCCGGAGCCCCACAUGCCAGAUGUGUGGAGAAAAGUUACUUAAGCAUUCAGAUGAAGCCCUGAAAAUCCUGGGGGGUGUUGGACUCUUCUUUAGCUUUACAGAGAUCCUUGGUGUUUGGCUAGCAAUGAGAUUUCGGAAUCAGAAGGAUCCUCGAGCCAACCCCAGUGCCUUUCUAUGAGACUUUGGAUCCUUCUGACUUCUCUCCUGCUGUCUGCUCUCCCUAAGCUUUUUCUUCCUCCCUUAGGGAAAAACUGGGGUCUAUAGCCCUUUUUGUUUGAGAAAAAGGAAAGGCCCUUUGCCAUGCUCCCUAAAGAUGACUGAAUAGCUAGGCUUUAUGCCUUGACAUGUUUUGUUGGGAGCAAGAUUAUAAGGAAUAAAGAAAAACCUUCCUUCCUCUUUCCCUAAGUGGAUAUGGGAAGCUCCUGGCAGUGCAUGAAAUGGGAAUGGGGGUUGGACUCAUUCCUGGCUGUUUCCCCUCUUCUCCCUUCCACAUACUAGACCAUCUCAACACAUCUUUGCUCCAAGAGUAAAUCAGGGACAGAUCCAGAGAGAAAACCAAGAACUCUUGUAAUAAGCAGGACUCGGUUUGGGGAAGUUCAGUGAAUAUAAAAAUAAAAACCAUUUAAAGUC